AUGGCCGGGUCCGAAACCGAUUUUAACACUCUUCUUGCACAAAGGGAUGCAAUAAUUCGUGAACAACGGGAUCAAAUAAUUCGUCUGAAGCGCGAGCUUGAUGGAGUGGCCAGCGAAAGGGACCUCCUACUGUGCGAAAACAGCAACCUUAGGUUCGAACUUGAGAUGGUAGAGCUGAAGAGGCUUCAAGAUGAGAGGUAA